AUGUCUUCUCGAGCCCUUGAAGCCCUCCGCAAGUUCACGGCAUGUGACAUCGGAGAUGCCCUUGUGAAGCUCAAGUACCCCCAGGGUGGCUUCCUCGAUGGAAUCCGGAUGUUUUCCCCCGGCUCCGGCACGCGCAUUUUCGGCCCCGCAGUAACGGUGCAGAUGGUCGAGACCAGCGACACCUCGGCCCCGAAGCUGGACAAGCACUUCGUCGACCACAAUGAAGAAGGUGGCGUCAUGUACAUCCAGCAACCCAAGGGCCUCCCGUCCGCGUGCUGGGGCGGUUUGAUGUCCACUCGGGCCAAGUUUCUGGGUGCACAGGGCGUGGUCAUUGACGGGCGAAUGAGGGAUGUCGGAGAGCACAAUGAGAUGGGAUUCCCGGUGUUUGCCCAGGGUACAUCUAUUCUGGGCUCGAACACAUUCACGCGGGCGUCGAGGGUCAAAGUCCCUCUUCAAUUCAAGGGUGAUCUCUGGAUCAAUCCUGGCGACAUCUUGAUUGGGGAUGCGGAUGGUGUCGUGGUGACGCCGCCCUCAUUGGUUGAAAAAGUUGUCGCUCUGUGCCAGGAGCGAGCCGAGGUCGACGAGAAGAUGUUUGUUGAGCUGAGAAAGGGUGCCUCGAUGGGUGACCUGAUCAAGAACGUGCGUAAGGACAAAUAA